GCUGGACAUCUGGCUCCGCCUCCUUGAUCACGUGGCCCCCGCCCACUAGCCACUGGCCCCGCCCCGCGGCCGCCAUGGCGGAUUAUGAGGCAGUGCAGCGGGGUCCGCUGCGGCUCAAGGGCGGCGGGGCGGGCCUGGGCGCUGGCAAGCGGAAGAAGAAGAAGGCGAAGGACAAGGCUCAGGUGCUGGAGCAGAUCGUGAGCAGCAAGAAGCAGGAGGAGGAGAAGAAACGCGGCCUGGACAAGCGGACGCCGGCACAGGUGGCCUACGAGAAGAUGCAGGAGAAGCGGCAAAUGGAGCGGAUCCUGAAGAAGGCGUCCAAAACUCAUAAGCAAAGAGUGGAGGACUUCAACCGGCACUUGGAUACUCUGACGGAGCAUUACGACAUUCCCAAAGUCAGCUGGACAAAGUGAACGGACUGUUUUACAAGCCUUUGGAUCAGGAGUUGUUUUGUUUGUACUGAACAGGGUUGCCCUGUAAAUCGGUGUAUUCUCCAUACCGAAUAUUUAAUAUAUUUUCUGAACGUUUAUGACUUCCUGCCAUCUUAUUGUUUUAUUUUUCAAAACCCAAAUAUUCAGCAAAGUCUUCUUGGCUGACAAGCUCUGAGGUGCGAAAGGCUAUUUAUUUUAAGAGAUUAAGGCCAAAAUCAGUUGCUGAGAGACAGCUGGAAUGCAUUCCUUUAAUUGUUUAAUACUGAUUGUUCUUAUUGGAAGAAUAUGACAGUCUCAGUGGCAUGAAUUUCUCUUGCAAGUUGGAAGAAUUGUACAAUCUCUUUCUAGCUAGAGUUGUCUCUGGAGGCGGGGGCGGUUGUAACUUGUACCUUUGGUCUAACUUCUGAUUAAAGCACAGCUUUCAUCA